AUUCUAUCUUUUUUGGCUGUUUGUCCUGGCACUUGUCUUUCUCUUCUUGUUUUUAUAAACUCACUUCGCAGUUCAAAGACCAUGUGCUUUUCUUUUGGCUUUCUGAGUGGAACUUAAGAGUAACAAAAGGAGAGAAAGUGAUAAAAGAAAGAAUCUAUUGUUUUGUUUUAGAAGUAGUAGAAGUAGAAGUAGAAUCCCCUUUAACCCCUCAUUAGCUCCAGCUGUUAUCUUUUUCCCCAUUUUUCUAGUUUCUAGCAAAGGGGAGAGUGAGAAACUCCUUCAUUCCCUCCACUUCUGAAGAAAUGACUAAAGAAGAAGACUUUAAGCUCCUCAAGAUUCAGACUUGUGUUCUCAAAGUGAACAUACACUGUGAUGGGUGUAAGCAGAAAGUGAAGAAACUCCUUCAGAGAAUUGAAGGUGUUUACCAGAUAAGUAUAGAUCCUGAGCUGCAGAAAGUCACAGUUUCGGGAACUGUAGAUUCUGCAACUUUGAUCAAGAAAUUGGCCAGAGCCGGGAAACAUUCGGAGCUUUGGUCCCAAAAGUCUAACCAGAACCAGAACCAGAACCAAAAGCAAAAGAAUAACUGUAUUAAAGAUGACAAGAACAACAACAAAGGUCAGAAACAAGGACUGAUGAAAGGUCUUGAGGCCUUCAAGAACCAGCAGAAGUUUCAUCCUUUCAUAUCUGAGGAAGAUGAUGAUUAUCUUGAUGAUGAGGAGGAUGAAGAUGAAGAGGAUGAGUUGCAUGUGCUCAAAGCAAAUGAAUUGGGUCAGUUGGGUCAGUUGGGUCUUCUCAGGCAACACAUCCUUGAUGCAAAAAAAGGUGCUGGAGCUGUGCCUGGUGUAGCUUCCAACAAUGGCAAAAUGAUCAACAAUCUUGGGAAUCGAAAUGCGGGGAAGAAAGUAAACCCAAAUCAGAACAUGCAAAUGAAUGUAAAUCCAGGUGGAAUUGAUCAGAAAACUAUGGCAGCUCUGAAGAUGAACAAUGUCCAAUUAGGCGGUGGAAACAUAAAUGCAGCUGAGGGCAAGAGGGGGAAUGAUAUCGGUUCCAUUAUGGGUCUUGCAGGUUUCCAUGGAAAUGGUGGUAAUGUUCCUAACGCUGCUGUUCUGGGGGGCAAUCCCAGUGGUCUUGGAGGCUAUCAAGUUCAAUCCAGUAAUGGGUAUCAGGGGUCCUCUGCAGCAAGUUUCCCCACUGGCGGAUAUGCCACUAGUCAAUAUCCAUCAUCCAUGCUCAUGAACAUGAAUGGUUACAACCAUCCAUCAGCAGCAAUGAUGAUGAACAUGCAAAACAGGCAUGUCAUGCAGCAGCAACCCCCCCAGAUGAUGUAUCAUAAAUCUCCAUAUAUUCCUCCUAGUACCGGCUAUUAUUACAACUAUUACAACCCUCCCCCGUACUCCUACAGUGAGCUACCCAACUAUAAUGUUCUACCCAACUACAGUGAUGAGCAGUCUGCAGCAACACACAUGUUCAGUGAUGAAAACACAAGCGGCUGUUCCAUAAUGUAAUGAUGAAUCACUUAAGUGAGAGAUAAAGCAUGAAGUUUGACGGGGUCUUUCCCUCUCAAUUAACAGUUUCCUGCAGUGCCUUGUUUGGAGGGUAGAAGAUUAUGCUGGAAUUGGAUGUCUUGAGUGAAUCUUAUCUGUGUGAUGUCUAGUUUGUUAAAAUGAUGUUUCUCGGUUUCUCCUUUCUUUCUCUGUUGUAUUUCACUCCCAAUCUAAAGCUUUAUCUGCUUGUUUUUUCUCUGUUCCCUGGCCUGACCUGAGAAUGUGGUGUGGUGAUAAUGUGAAUCAGAAGAAACAAGUAAAAAUAUAAUCAAAGGAGUGAG